UUAUAAUCCUGGAUUGUGAUCCCUCUUCGUUUUACGCCUGCCAGCCUACACCGAAGCUCGUCCCAGCCUCCCUUGCCGUGUGCACCCCGAUCCUCGGACAAUAAACCAGUCAACAAUAGCUACGCCGUCCAUUGAUCAUUGGACGAGAGUAACAGCGCCCCGCCCGCUCCUUGCUCAGUCGGCCAAUGGCAACACCAGAUGGCAGCUCUUGCAUAUGCAUGACCAGUAGCACUCGACCAAUCGAAUACCGAGCUCGUCAAAAAGUAAUCAGCUCUAUGAUUGAUACGGAUGACAGCUAUCGAUGCAAGGGGCAAUAUGUCUCUGCUGUUUACACUAUAGCAUGGCUGCAUACACAAUAGAGGAGUGGUAGAUAUUUUGAAAGGGACCUAGACUCGUCCACUUCGGGUAUUAUCGUAAAGGGAUUAAUAAGAGAAGCAAUGAUUGGAGUGAAUAGCUUUUUCGGUAUAACGAUCCACUCUCUCUUCGUAUGACACAGACCACCGCCUCGUACAAUCAUAAUUUGCGACACCUUACCUUGAGGUCACUUGGAGUGAGCCGGACGGACCCGCAACCCAGCCCAAAACCCCUCAUCUUUCAAACCAAUUCCUCAUCCUACUCCCAUCUCUCAUUAAUUCCCAAGAAUUAUCAUUUGAAUUAUCGCCAUCACCAUCGUCACACCCCCUGCAUCCAAUCGCUGCAGCCUGGCACACAUUAAGACUAAAGCCUUUCGACACCGACUCUCUCACUCUCCCACUCCAACAUCGCCCGCUUCUUCAAGUAUCGAAGCAUUGAUCUUCUCAAUCGUAUCGUGAUCGAAGCUCAUAACGAUGUACGCAAUCGUCUGCUGCACUGGGGAUAAUUGAAUGCAACGCCCACUAAUUCGCGGAUAAAGGUAUACGACGCGUGGAACCCUUCCAUAACACUGCCGCAAGCCACGGAAAGACCCGGGCGCCCUCUCGUCAAUCCAGUCCCACCAUCACACCAUACUUGGUUUUUUUUUCCUCUGAGAGGUAUACUCAUACUAGUGGUUGGCAGGGAUUCUUUCGUGACGUUCUUGGAACCACUGAGAAGCUGAAAGCUUGCCAACAAUCGUCUGCCCUUUCGCCAUCUGUCCGAGAACAUCGCUUCGAAUUUAAACGGCUUUACGCCGAUGAAUCUCUGGAAAAGCAGCAUUUGGCUUUGAAUUUGGUUAUCUUUGGAUAUCAGAAGCCAGUGAGCACGUCGUCUCAUUUUCAUUUAGGCAACAAUAAAUGCUGCCUGAUCCAAUGGAAUCAUCUGCGGAGUCGCCACUCCGGGAGAAUUUAGCAGCAACUUCACCGGGACUGAAACACAACGGGAAUACCGCAAUCGCCAUGCCUCUGGCAAGCCCCACAACAGGAAAUCUGAACAACAAUAAUAGCAACUCGACCCGGGACGAGUGCUCACGCUGCAGCUCGCCAGCCCCUUCGCCGAACUCUUGCCCCGCCAGCCCUGCGCACAGCAGCAGCAGCGACGCCGGCUCGGUGCCGCCCUCUCCCACGGCUGCACCAACACACGUCGGGUUCUCGCCAGCAACCACCCACCACUUACCACACCGGCAACACAAACACAUCCACCACCACCACCAUCACCUCAACCUCAACAACAACAAUAACACUUUCAAUCACAUACGAUCCAAGCACGACGCUGGGUCAGAACUGUUCCUUGGCAAGACCCUGGAUUCGAAUCCCUCUCAUCAAUUUGGACUACCCCCUCACAUCCGACACCCGAUGUUAUCGCAGCCGAACCUACAGAUCCCCUUACCGGUCCGUAACCCGGUGGCUGCACCCCCGUCAUUUCUCAUACGAGACAUCCUAGGCGAUAUCAAAACGCGGGAAACGAACUCGAGAACUGAGGCAGAAAUUCACGGAUUCGACAGGCGAUCGGCAUUCCACUACAGACACAGUGAUAUCUCAUUACAGCGUGCUGAUAAAGACGAUAAGGACAUUGAUGACGACGUGGAUGACGAGGAUAGGCAUAGUGAGACGACGUCAUUGAAACGAUCGCUAUCAUCAGAUGACCUCAACGAUUCGAAGUCGAAAGACGAUUACGACAAAGGUAAGUGUACAAACUUCAACUGAUUGACCAAAUCUCACUUCUAUAAUGUACACAUUUCCCUUCUCCACUUUCUGUAUAACGUCUACAGUAUGAAAUAUUGAAGUUUAUAAAUCAUUUGUAUAUCUGUGAUUACGAACAUGAGUGAGACCAGGGGAUUGGAAGUGACACUAACAAUUCACUGAUAAAACUAUGUACAAUAACAUGAUAUAAUCUGAUCGGCAAUUAUUAGACCAGUUAACAAUUCCCUGAGUAAACCAUUAUGUUCACGUACUGUUUUUGUACACAUUAUACACUGGAUGACAAGAUGUUCUUAUUAG